AUGUCUCGCCGUGCCGCACUCGUAGAAGAGGAGUUCGACGACGACACCGACCUCCCUCUUCCCAGCCAACCCCUCCCCAACACUGGCACGCGCGGGGCGAUCCUCGAGCGCCUCGAUGAUGAUGAGGACGACGAUGAGGACGGCGCCCCCAUGCUCCGGGGACCCACCGCCGGCCCCGCGUCGCCGUCUUUGCCCCAGUUCCGCGGCGCAGACGGCGCGCACCAGGUCACCGACAUCACCCCAUACAAGAAGUGGACGUGCAUCUACCCGAUCUACAUCGACGCGAAGCGGCCGUGCGGGCGGGGCGAGCGGCGGAUCGCGCGCGCGAAGAGCGUGUGGUGGCCGCUCAGCAAGGACAUCGCGGACGCGACGAACCGGCUCGGGCUCGGGACGCUGCACGAGGUGCACAAGGCGCACCCGCGCGACUGGGAGAACCCGGGGCGGGUGCGCGUGCAGUGGAAGAAAGACGGCAAGCUCGUGAACCCGGCGAUCAAGAGCAAGAAGCAGUUGCUGGAGAUGAUCUCGGUCCAGAUCCAGAUGCUGAAGCCGGACACCAUCCCCAAGCCCCCAUACGGUACCGACCUGGUCCCACAGGCGGAGGAGCCCCCCGCUCCUGCGACCCCGGUGAAGGGCAAGCAGCCCGCGCCCGCGAAGAAGUCAGCGUCGGUGUCAAAUACCACCAUCUCACCAUCCCCUGCGGGGUUGAAACGGAGACAAAAGGUGCCGUCGCCCCCGCAGCCGUGGCCACAGUUGACGAGCCGCGUGUCCCCGUAUUCGCCUGCGCUCCCGUCUGGGGUGCUCAUCGACACGGUGAAGGCGGGCAUGACCGCGCAAGAGGCGGCACCGGCGGCGGGUGGUGCUGCAGCAGGUGGGAAGGGGAAACGGAAAGUGAUACGCGUUCGAGGAUAA